AUGUCAUCGCAAAGCAAUCUAGAUAAAGCCAUAGAGCUUGUCAAGGGUGCUAUUGAGGAUGACGAAAAGCAGAACUAUCUUGAAGCGUACAAGCAGUACAUGAAUUCACUCGACUAUUUCAUGCUGGCUCAGAAGUAUGCCAAUGCAGACGAGAAGAAUGAGAAAGCCAAGCUACUCGUUAGGGCAAAAAUCGAGGAGUACCUUGCACGAGCAGAGACCUUGAAGAAGCAUUUACAGAGAGAUGAGAAGAAGUCACGCAAAGCCGUCAGCGUUGAUGGUUCUGUUAACGGCACUGGGGGCAAGGGCUCCGUCGACGGCCCCGAUGAUGACAAAGAUCCUGAGCUCAAGAAGUUACGCGCAGGUCUUUCAAACGCCAUUUUGGCAGAGAAACCGAAUGUGAAGUGGGAUGAUGUUGCUGGUUUGGAAGGAGCGAAGGCAUCCCUUAAAGAAGCUGUUAUUCUUCCUAUCAAGUUUCCUCAUCUCUUCACUGGAAAACGGACACCGUGGCGAGGUAUCUUACUAUACGGCCCGCCGGGAACGGGCAAGUCUUACCUUGCGAAAGCUGUUGCUACAGAAGCCAAAAGCACAUUCUUCAGCGUCAGCUCAAGUGACCUAGUCAGCAAGUGGCAAGGCGAUUCAGAACGGCUGGUGAAAAAUUUGUUUGAAAUGGCUCGCGAACAAAAACCUGCAAUUAUUUUUAUCGAUGAAGUUGACUCUCUAGCUGGAACACGAAAUGAGUCCGAGUCCGAAGGCUCACGGCGGAUCAAGACUGAGUUCUUGGUGCAAAUGAACGGCGUUGGCCAUGAUGACACUGGCGUUCUCGUUCUUGGGGCAACCAACAUUCCUUGGCAACUCGAUCCUGCAAUCAAGCGUCGUUUCGAGAAACGAAUAUAUAUCCCACUUCCUGGCCCGGACGCACGAAAAAGAAUGUUUGAAAUCCACGUUGGCAGUACGCCAUGUGAGCUAGAGCCAAAGGACUAUCGUCUUCUGGCCGAUCGAACAGAAGGGUACUCUGGCUCGGAUAUAUCCAUCGUAGUCCGCGAUGCUCUUAUGCAACCAGUUCGUAAAGUCAUAUCGGCGACACACUUCAAGCCUAUACCACCUUCAUCGUCGUCAGGAAAGGCUAAGUGGACACCAUGCUCACCCGGCGAUUCAAAUGCCGUUGAAAAGACUUGGUCGGAUAUUGAUUCCGAUGAGCUUGUAGAACCACCGCUGAGGCUAGCAGAUUUUAUUAAGAGCUUAGACAACGUACGACCAACGGUCACCGAGAUGGAUAUCAAGCGACAUGAUGAUUGGACGAAGGAGAGCGGCAACGACGGGGCAUAG